AUGGAGCAAGUCAGAUUUGUCAUAUGAGCCAAGCCAAAAACCUUCAGACCUCUUAGCAGCAAGUCUCGAAUGACCGAACUAGUUGAUCAUUUGACCACCAAUGUCUUAAAGAACUUUAAGGAUUUUAAGCACAAGUUUAGCACGGAAUUCAACAAAAAUAGGAAUCGGCAUUUCUUACCGAAUAAAUAAGGUCAAUUGUGACUGAAAACUUCUGAAGCAUAAGCUCAAAACUAAUAGACAAUAAGAAAAGACACUCUAAAUCAGUGAACAUGAGCCGAUGUAAGACUCCAAUAAAGCAGACUCGGAAUAAUACUUGGAAAAAUAAGUUACUCAUGAUGGGGCAUACAUAAGGAUAGAUAUUUCCAAGUCCUUACUAACUCGUAAGAGAGAGGAUUGUAAACUUUUCACCAAGAAAUUCCAACGUAAUUUAGCUGUGAUGCAUCCCCUUCAGAAAAUAGAUACGCGGGACAAGAAAUCUAAGAGGCCUCAUUCGAACAUAAUUUGAUCUCCAAGAAUCUGCACACCUGUGGUUCAUAGAAAGAACAAAGUUGAUGUACCAACUUCAAUUUAUACCCCAACCAGAAAUAUUCCUCGAAAGGGCAGAAACCCAAAACAGUUGCGGUAUUUCUUUAUGAGUGGUAUUACUCAUAAAAGGAGGAAAAGAAAGCCACAAGGUUUUUAGUU